AUGGAAGCCAAGGGAGAACAUGAUUUCAAGCAGAAUGGCAUGGUUGACGGGGUCAAGGUGGCGGAUAAUAGUUCCUUUGUCCAUUUUGUCUAUUUCAACAUCUCUCUCUCCCUACCCUUGUUGAUUAGGGUCUCCCUGAAGAAGGGGAAAUCCCUGAGACAGAACCUUAAGGAACAUGGCUUGCUGGAGGAUUUCCUGAAGAAACACCCUUACAACCCGGCCUCCAAGUAUUUCCCCAGCCUGGCCAACAAGUUUGCCAGCGAGCCCCUAGCAAACUACAUGGACAUCGAGUAUUAUGGAACCAUCUCCAUCGGCACUCCAGCCCAGGAGUUCUCCGUCCUCUUCGACACCGGCUCUUCCAACCUGUGGGUGCCCUCCGUGUACUGCUCCAGCACAGCCUGCAGAAACCACAACAAAUUCAACCCAUCACACUCCUCCACCUACCAGGCCACCGGCCAGAGCCUCUCCAUCCAGUAUGGCACUGGCAGCAUGACUGGCGUCCUGGGCUAUGACACGGUCCAGGUUGGAGACAUUGUGGACACGAACCAGAUCUUUGGUCUGAGUGAAACCGAGCCCGGCUUCACCUUUUACUAUGCCCCCUUUGAUGGGAUCCUGGGUCUGGCCUUCCCCAGCAUCUCCUCCUCUGGAGCCACCCCAGUCUUUGACAACAUGAUGAACGAGGGUUUGGUGUCUCAGGACCUCUUCUCCGUCUACCUGAGCUCCAAUGGCCAGACUGGGAGCUUUGUGAUGUUCGGUGGCAUCGACUCAUCUUACUACUCUGGGAGCCUCAACUGGAUCCCUCUCUCCUCUGACACUUACUGGCAAAUCACUAUGGACAGCGUCACCAUGAACGGAGAGACCAUCGCUUGCUCUGGUGGCUGCCAGGCUAUCAUUGACACUGGCACUUCUCUGCUGGCUGGGCCCUCUUCUGGCAUCUCCAGCAUCAACUCCAACAUCGGUGCCAGCGAUGGCACGAUCAGCUGCAGUGCCGUGAGCAGUCUGCCCAACAUCAUCUUCACCAUCAACGGCAUCGAGUUCCCUCUUCCCGCCAGUGCCUACAUCACUGAUGAGUCAGGCUAUUGUAACUCUGGCUUUGAAAGCAUUGACGUCGGAGGGCUCUGGAUCCUCGGAGACGUCUUCAUCCGCCAGUAUUACGUUGUCUUCGACAGGGCCAACAACCAGGUGGCCCUGGCCUCUGUGGCAUGAACACAGCACCAUCCAUGGGGCACUGCCAUGGAACACUGACCCCAGAGAGUCUCUGUUUCUCUAGAGUCCCAACACCGCUUAUCGAUCAAGUGACAUCACCCCACACUCACCCUCUAUCCCAUAAUUUUACCCCCAGUAGAAUAAAGGAAUAUAAGAGCAUUUGUGUGAAUUGUUUCUCUUUGAUGUGGUUUAGGAUUGGACCCAUCUUUUAUUCAUUUUUUGAACAUUGGCUUUUAGGGCCACAGCUACCUGCCUAUGAGUACUAGCAACAAAUUUUAGCAGCUGUUGCAUCCACUGGUCUGUAAGGACCCGGGGUUGCAGUUUAUUAGCGAUGCUCCACCUAC